CAUUCAGUCGGGCGGGACGUUGAAUGGCGUGUGUUUGGCGGCGGGAAUGGAGGAAAUAGACAGCGAGAGGGGACGAGUCUAGAGCAAGGGCGUUCCGAAAAGCUGCUGCUCUGGACUUCUCCUGGUUUUCUCAUACAAUGAACAUACUGAACAGGAUUGAACUACCAAGAUUGACAGAUGUGUUUUGCUAAUGGGUGUGAGCAAGCUAGAUGUCUUAUAUAGGCGUCUACUUCUCACUAAGCUUUUCAUUCAAGGAUGGGGAAGACCAGAAGACUUAAAAAGAAUAUUUGAAUUCAGAAAGAUUAUUGGAAACAGGGAAAAAUGUCAAAAUCUUGUUCCAAGGGAUUAUCCUGUGCACAUUAAUAAGGUUGAGGAGCAAUCAGAAUGCAAGAUCCUUGAUGGACACUUCAUUUCUCCUUUGGCGCAUUAUGUUCCUGAUAUCAUGCCAUCAGAAUCAAUUACUGCAAGGUUUCAAUUUAUAGUACCAAAGAAAUGGAACAGCAAGUACAAACCUGUUUGUAUUCAUUUAGCAGGCACUGGAGAUCAUUACUUUUGGAGAAGACGAACCUUAAUGGCCCGUCCAAUGAUCAAAGAGGCCUGUAUGGCUUCAUUAUUGUUAGAAAACCCCUAUUAUGGGUACAGAAAACCUAAGGAUCAAUUAAGAUCCUGUCUAAAAAACGUCUCUGACCUAUUUGUGAUGGGAGGAGCUCUUGUACUAGAAUCAGCAGCUGUUUUGCAUUGGCUGGAAAAAGAAGGAUAUGGACCUUUAGGGAUGACAGGCAUAUCCAUGGGAGGACACAUGGCAUCAUUAGCAGUAUCAAAUUGGCCUAAACCAUUGCCACUAGUUCCUUGUCUCUCCUGGUCUACAGCCUCUGGUGUUUUUACUACGGGUGUAUUGAGUAAGGCAGUGAACUGGAGAGAACUAGAGAAACAGUAUUAUACUCAGAGUGUUUAUGAAGAAGAAAUAAUUCAAAUGCUUGAAUAUUGUGGAACAGAUUCAUUCAAGAUGGGACAAGACUUUGUUAAAAAUUCUCCAAGCAGUGUGGACAGCUUGAGUAAUCUGGAUCUCAACUCCGGUAUUCUGAACCUGGAUAUUGGAGGCAAAGUUAUUUCUUCAGAAGUGGGUCACUGCCUUAGUACCAACAGAAGUAAUCUAAGUACUUCAGCAGAAGGAUUGUUGGUGCAAGAUGCACCCAAAAUGCAGUGCAUAAACCAGACAUUUUCAACCAGCAGCAGUAAUACUAACUUUUCCAGUGAACAAAAGCACCUGAUAAGUGGAAAAAGUGACAGUUUACAAAGGGAAUCAUUACGAUUCAUGAAAGGAGUAAUGGAUGAAUGUACUCAUGUUGCUAACUUUUCAGUUCCAGUUGACCCCACACUGAUUAUAGUUGUUCAAGCUAAGGAAGAUGCCUAUAUUCCAAGAACUGGAGUGCGUAGCCUUCAAGAAAUUUGGCCAGGAUGUGAAAUCAGAUACUUGGAUGGAGGCCAUGUUAGUGCUUAUCUCUUCAAACAAGGAUUGUUCAGGCAAGCCAUAUACGAUGCAUUUGAACGUUUUGUUCAGAAAUAUUUGGCAUAGUCCCCUUCUGUUGAAUUGUUCCAUGUACUGUCACUUUCUUGCGUGGAUCCUGAUAUUAACGUCAUGAAGAGAACAAACCUAUCAUUGGUUCACUUAAGUCAUCUACCCAAUGGCUUAUUCAACAGUAAUUCAUUAAUAAGAAUGUAAUCAAACAUAACUUUUUAAAGUUGGAUUUGUUGCUGCUAAAGUGAUUUUUAAAAAAUUGUUAAUACCGGUGUCUUAAAUUUGCAAAAUGUUUUGAUUAAAAAUUAAUAUGAUUUGGAAAGUUCAUACACCCAUAGAAAAGAGACCAAUACAGUAUAGACAAAUUUCAGCUUGUAUACUUCUUUUUGCUACACUAUUUUACUAGAAUCCAAAGAAGUAGGAGCAUUGCAUUACAGCAAUAUAAUACUAGCUCCUAAAGGGAAAAAAAUAAUAUAAAUUAGGCUUAACAUAUUGGAAGUUUUUUCCCCCUCGAACUGUUAAGAUACUCUAUAUUCUAGUUUGAGUUGUGAUCACAUGCAGACCCAAUAUCCAGAUUUAAUGUUUUUUCCACUUCAGCUUGAUGAGUAAAUUUGGUGUACUUACUAAUUUUCCUGUAGCCUAUUAUUGGUUUCAUUACGUGCUCAUUUUAAGUAAUUGAUAGCAAUAAUUUGUGCCUUAAAAAAAAGACAGGGAAAAGAUGUACAUCUCCUGUUCAAUUGAUUGAGCAACAAAAACUGAAAUAAAGUGUGAAGCUUCUGUAAA